AAAGAAGCGACUCAUCACGUCACUUCCGGUUGCUGGCGAUUUCUCAUAACAUCCAGCUUGAGCAGCGACUGAAAGCUAAACGUUAGCUACAUCUAUUGUCACUUUAUUUUAACUGCAUACGCAGAGGAAAAACAUGUCAGAUACGGAGACAAAACCAUCCAGCCAAGACGGGGGGGAUAAGAAGGAUGGAGAGUACAUCAAAUUAAAAGUGAUUGGUCAGGACAGCAGUGAAAUCCACUUUAAGGUGAAAAUGACGACACAUCUGAAGAAGCUGAAGGAGUCUUACAGCCAGAGACAGGGUGUCCCAGCCAGCACGCUAAGGUUCCUGUUUGAGGGACAAAGAAUCUCAGACAACCAAACUCCAAAAGAGCUGGGGAUGGAGGACGAGGACGUCAUCGAGGUUUAUCAAGAACAGACCGGCGGACUUUGGAAUGAUUAAACCUCCUGCAUUUCUAAAUCUUUUUUCUUAUUUUAUAUUUUAUUUUGUAUGUAUGUACGUAUUUUUGUUCGGUUUCAAACCAUCUGGAUCAAAACUGACUCUAUCAGGGCUUCCAUUGGAGAGGACAGGGAGAUGAACAGACUGAGGUAAGGACAAUGAAAAAGAUGGCGGGUUUCUGAAGCGCAGGGAUGCUCAUGCUGUUGACCAGAGCAAUAGAUUUCAACAUGAGUGUCACACCCAAAUUUACAUUGAAUAAUGUGUGUACUAUGUUUGCUUUUUCAUCUUGUCUUUGGGGUGGCAGCAUAAGGAAGCAAGGCUGUUGAGAAAAUUUCAUUAAAGAAAUAGUUCACCCAAAAAAUGAAGUGUUUUCAUCUCAUCACACAGUUGCAAGACAAGUAAGUUAUCAUGAUGUAAAGCCUGAUUUGUGUCCGAUCUCUUCAAAGAGUUGAAUUAAAUGUGAACCUCUGUUUAAUUGAAUCAAAAACAUGUCAUGAUGUUGGUCAUGACCAGAUGUGAUCUCUCCUGUUUGGCACAAAGUAGCUCUGUUCUUAAUGGUUUCAGAAUAGUGUAAUCAUGCACCUUUGAAGCAAAACUUACGGUGAAUUUGUGGAUAUCUGAGUAUCUGAUAUCUAAGUGCUUGAAAAUGCUAAAGCUUUAAGAACAGAUGAUCAUGAAGCAAAUCUUGAUCAUUGGAGCCACUUGAGAACACUUGGAAUCUGCAAUUAAGAGCACCCAAGUCCUUAUGACCUCAGUGUUUGGGGAGGCUGGAGCAAAGCAGUAUCAGCUGUGCAGAUAAUGUCAGAAUAUGAUUUUUGUAUGCGCUAUUUGUUCAUAAUAGUCAUGACAAUAGCAGACUUCUAGUUCCCUUGUAUAGGAUAUUGAAAAAGAAGUCUGCAUGUUUUUAAUUGGGUCAACAGAGGAGUUUAAUUCAUCAAGUCAGGGGUAGAGGACAGGUAUUUGCACGCUAAGCAGGUCAUUCCACAUAUCUUAACAGCAGGAUUUCUGGGCUGUCUACAUCAAUGCGACAGAACAUGAAUAUGAGUUUGUCAACAUUUGAUUCUUUAGAUUUGAAUCAUUUGCAAAUAACAGCCUCUGUUUGCCAUGUUUGAACAACUGCACCCUCAUCAAAUUGUAAAAUUACGAUCAGAGUUGACCUGAUGUGGUAAUAUUUGAGAACACAUUUUUUAAAUGGUAAAUGUGCUUUACUUGUAUAUGUUGUAUUCAGUAUUAGUGUGUUUGAAUGAUAUGCCAUAUGUUUCUUCUUUGUCGUCUCUAAUUGAUAUUCGAGGGAGUCAUUCUGUAAUGAUAUAUCUAAAUAUAUAUACCCUUUAUGCAAAUAUUUUGCUUGCUAACAGAGUGUUUAAACUUGGUGGAAUAUGUCCUUCUGCGGUUUGUUCAAGGGGAAAUCUUGGAAAUGGUCAUCUAUGAACAGUGACUUGUUACACGUUUGUGUCAGCGCUUGUUUUAGAAACUUUUCUUUUUGGAAUGAACUCUUAGUCUGUGUACUGUAAGAAGUUCCUCAAAAGAACAGCCCCAAACUGUGUCAUCUUUGUAAUUAGAAUGGGACCGUAAAUAAGAAACAUAGAUGCUUGCAUGAUCAGAUGCUUCACUCCUGAAGAAUGGAAUAACCAACUACAAAUGUGGACGUGUGACAGCGUGGUUGUUUCAUUCCUCACAAACACUCAAAACGUCAGGUUAAAUCUGCCAAGGACAAUAGUUGAGCUGCACCUCUGGGACACUAUUAGCUUUCUCUACUGCCAUAUAUGACCCCCCCCCCCCACACACACACACACGCACACACACUCUUAGAAAAGGAUCAAAAUAAAUAAUUUAAUGAUCCUUUCCUUAGUCAAAUUUAGUAGCACUUUAGUAAUAAUUGCUAUUGUCUUUAAGUGUCACUUCCAGAGGUGUGUAUAAUAAAAUAAACAUUACAAUUGUCCUUAAAGGUUAAACAUUUUCUGAAUUUGACUUUCUCAACCUGACUGUUAUCAUUUUUCCAUCAUGCGUCAGUGAACAGCAGGUGAUUUGAGCCACACCACUGAUCUCAGUGAGGGGAAGGAACUGUUCACUAUCAGAGGAACAUUGAUACAGAUGGUUUGAAAUUCUCGAGAUGAUCUUUUUGCUUUUUUUGAAUAAAAUAUUUAAGAAAAGAAAAA